GUUUGAGUCAGUUCGAGUUUUUCAUCGGUCGUCGUCGUCGCGAGUUGGCGAGUUUCUGCGGAUUUCCACGGGAAAAUAGGCCUCCAGCAAUCCUGGAAAAUCGGUUCUGCGGUCCUCCGGAAGUGUGCGCGUGAUUCGUCGGUCCGGAAAAUGUCUCACAGUUGACUAGCCGUCUAGAAAGGAAAAUUUCGAAUUAAAAGUAAAGUGGUACCCCGUGCGUGUGAUUGAGAGGAAAAGAUCGAGCGUCGAAGGUUUUUUCUUUCGUUUUUGGUUUUUUUCGCUGGUGGAAAGUGGAAUUUUCAUUGAGUUGUGAAGAAUUAAUCGUAAAGAUAUAUCGAAUAGCGCAUGAUGUCGAAUCCAUCACAAUAUUAUGGAAUGGCGAACGGAUACCCUCCGGUAGCGAACGGUCCAGCAAUGCACCAGCCACAACAAUAUCCGCCCCCACAGCAGCAGCAGCAGCAACAGCAACAGCAACAAUAUCCAGUGAAGACCGCCCUAAUGAAUGGACCAUCGUCACAGCAGCAAUACGGUGCACCGCCAGUGGCCACCGUUGCUCCCCUCCAGAACGGACCACCACCGCAGAUGUUGAUGGGUCAGAAGGUGCCACCUCCGUUCAACAAUACUCAGCAGCAAAACAACCGAGUGGCGAAUCUGGUUUCGAAUGGUAACAGUGCCACCUCGUCGAGGACAUCGUCCCCAGCGCUAGUUAACAAUAACAUCCCGGCGUCGCAGUUGCCACCGCGCUCCGUUCCCCCGGGUGUUACGUAUCAACCGCCUUCUAGUCAAAGUCAGACGACACCCGUUGUUAGCAGUAAUUACCAGCUGAGCCCAAACAACAACUGGGCGAGUGGGAUCAACACGAGUAACCAGGUCAACACACCGCCCCGAACCGCGUCCGGCCUCUCGACUCCACUGAAUGCGUCCACGCCAACGGUGAAUGGACCGAGCGCCGUCAACAACCUCACGGCCAGCAUGCAAAAUCUGGCCGUGAAUCGACCCCACUCGGCGCAGCAGGUUAAUCAUCUCAACGGUUCCGGAACUCCACAACCUCCGCCGACGGUGCCCACCAGCAGUUACCAGAACCAACUGCCGCCGUCACAGCCGACGUCCAUGAAGCCAAAUGUCCAGCAAGUUCCCCAAAUGCCACCCACGACUUACGGCCAGCCGCAGCCUCAACUAAACCAACAGGGACGACCCAUCAACGGCAACUAUGCGCAACCAUCGCAACAACCUCCCGCAGGCCAACACUACCAGCCGGGAAUGCCUCCAGUUUCUUCCGCUGCCCAAACUUCAACUCCACUCAACAAAAGGCCGCUCUAUCCAUCGCAACCAAUGGCACCUACUCAGCAGCAGCAGCAGCAGACCAACAACUACUACCCGCAACAGCAGCAGCAGCAGCAGCAGCCGAUGCCCAACAACAACAACAACCUAGCCCAGCAACAGCAUCAGCAGCAACAACUUCAUCAACACCAGCACCACCAGCAGCAUCAGCAGCAGCAGCAGCAACAGUACCAGCAGCAAGACCCGCAGUACAACGUGGUCAAGAGUGGGUUCAACCGGCUCUGGGGCAACAAUACGAUGGAUCUGCUCCAGAACCGGCACGUUCUGCCGCCGGGUAAGGUGCGGCCACCCGUCAUCCACCUGAACCAUCCGUUCCAGGAGGCGGUCAACUGCAAUCCGGACAUUUUCCGGUGCACGCUGACCAAGAUUCCGGAAACGAAUCAGCUGCUGCAAAAGUCGCGACUUCCGCUGGGCGUGCUGAUACAUCCGUUCCGGGAUUUGAACAACCUGCCGGUGAUCUCCUGCAACACGAUCGUGCGCUGCCGGACCUGCCGGACGUACAUCAACCCGUUCGUGUUCUUCGUGGACAGCAAAAAGUGGAAGUGCAAUCUGUGCUACAGGGUUAACGAACUGCCGGAAGAGUUCCAGUACGAUCCGGUGACGAAAACGUACGGUGACCCAACGAGGCGACCCGAGGUCAAAUCCAGCACGAUCGAGUUCAUCGCUCCGUCGGAGUACAUGCUACGACCACCACAGCCAGCGAUCUACCUGUUCCUGCUGGACGUUUCCUCGCUGGCCCAGCAGACCGGCUAUCUGCACACGGUGUGCCGGACGCUGAUCGAGCACCUGGACAGUCUGCCGGGCGAUGCGCGCACCCAGGUGGGCUUCAUCGCGUACAACAGUGCGAUCCACUUUUACAACAUCGCCGAGGGGUACAACCAGCCGCACGAGGUCACGGUGCUGGACGUCGACGACGUCUUUCUUCCCUACCCGGACAAUCUGCUGAUCAAUCUGAAGGAGUGCAAGGAGCUGGUUAAGGAUCUGCUGACGCAGCUGCCGAAGCGGUUCGAGCACGCCCACGAUACGCACAGUGCGCUCGGGGCGGCACUGCAGGUGGCCUACAAGAUGAUGUGUCACACCGGAGGACGCGUUACGGUGUUCCAGACUUGUUUACCAAACCACGGACCAGGUGCUUUGCUAUCAAGGGAGGACCCAAACAACCGCUCCUCGAAGGACGUGGCCCACCUCGGUCCGGCGACAGAUUUCUACAAGCGCCUUGCGCUCGACUGUUCUGCCCAGCAGAUUGCGGUCGAUUUGUUCUUGUUAAAUAGUCAGUACUGUGAUCUAUCCACUAUGUCUGGAAUCAGCAAGUUCAGCGGCGGCUGCAUGCACCACAUCCCGCUGUACUGCGAGUCCAAGCCGCAGCUGGUCAAGACGCUGCAAAAGUGCUUCGAGCGGUACCUCACGCGCAAGGUGGGCUUCGAGGCGGUCAUGCGGGUUCGGUGCACGCGCGGACUCGCGAUCCACACAUUCCACGGCAACUUUUUCGUCCGGUCGACCGAUCUGCUGUCGCUGCCCAACGUUAACCCGGACGCGGGCUUCGGAAUGCAGAUCACGUACGAGGAAAGUUUAGCCGAGUGCAAAACGGUGUGCUUCCAGGCGGCCCUACUCUACACGAGCAGCAAAGCCGAGCGGCGGAUCCGCGUACACACGCUGUGCAUCCCCGUUACGGCCAGCCUGUCCGAGGUGAUGUACUCCGCGGACUCGCAGUGCAUCGUCGGGCUGCUCUCCAAAAUGGCCGUCGAUCGCUCGCUCACGUCCAGUCUGUCCGAUGCCAGAGAUGCCUUUAUCAACGCGACCGUCGACAUCUUCAGCGCGUUCAAGAUCGCGCAGAACCUGCCCCAGAAUUCCGGCUCGAUCGUGGCCCCGGAGAAUCUCUCGCUGCUGCCGCUGUACAUACUGGCGCUGCUGAAGCACACCGCCUUCCGGGUGGGAACGAGCACCCGGCUCGACGAUCGCGUCUUUGCGAUGAGCGAGAUGAAGACGAUGCCGCUGGACCAGCUCAUCCGGUACAUCUAUCCGGACUUUUACGUGCUCGACAGUCUGUUCCACUCUGCGACGCAGGAGCACAGCGGCAACGGGGAGGCGCACCUGGUGGAACCGCCCCGGUUGCAGCUGUCGGCGGAAAAGUUCGACUCACGCUCCAUGUUUCUGCUGGACUGCGGUCCCACAAUGUACAUCUACGUUGGAUCGAAUGUGGCGCCCGAUAUUUUAAACCAGGUCUUAGGAGUUAACACCACGGCGGAGAUUCCGGACUUUUGCAUCGAGCUGCCGUCGCGGGAAACGCCGGCGAGCGAGGCGCUAUUUGCAUUUAUCGACACCCUCAACGAGGACAAACCGUACCCGGCGUACAUACAGGUCAUUAGAGACACAAGCCAAUUCCGGUCGCUGUUUGUGGAAAAGUUCGUCGACGAUCGGAACCAGAGUUCACUGUCCUACUACGAGUUCCUGCAACAUCUGAGGACGCAGGUGAAGUAAAUGCUGCGCGCACGAUGCGUUUAGCAGAGGUAUAAAGUAACAACGUGAAGGGAACGCAAUUGGGGGGACGCAAAGUUUAUGGGUAAACAACAAUUUAUACAGUAGAGAUGCAUUAUCAAUGGGUCGAGAAGCGAGGGGGCGCCAGUUUUUAUCCACAUCUGCGGAAACAGGACAUAACGCUGUAGUUAAUUGUGUAUAUUUAAUAAAGCGAGAGUAAAUAUAAUCUAGCUAAUCAACGGUUGAAAGUGUAAAGAGAAACAACAAAGAUAUAUAUUAAAGAUAAUAAAAGAAACUGAAACUGUCGUAGAUAAAUGCAAAAAGGCUAACACAACACAACACACACACACACUCAUUCAUUUCUUUGACGACGACUGCGAACAUUUUCUUUCUAUCGACAAAUAAAAUAAUGCAAAUAAUGUUUGGAAAAAAUAAAUAGGGAAACAGAUCCUAAGCCACGGGAUGGUGGGCGAAAGAAAAUGUAAUCAAUUAUAAAAUUGUAAGAUUAACCCUUUAUACCCCAUGAAAGAAAGCAUAGAUUUAGAGUAGCAAUUAUCCCAAUUAUUUAAUCUUACUACGAUGUUGAGCGAGCGAGCGAGAGAGAGAAUGAGAGAGUUGUGUUUUUCAAACCAAACCGUUGCGAUCGAUUUUUUAAAUUAUACGAUAUUCCUGAUCAAGUUCCAAAAAUUCUACAAGCAGCAAAGCUUAAACUCUAAAGUUGUCCUUAGAAGUUUAAUAACAUUGCAUCUAAAUUAUUUAAUUCUAUCGCUUAAAAGCGAUUCCAAAAGCAUCCUAAAGGCAGACCAUUUUGGGCAGAAGGAAGGGUUUGGUGGAGAGUGAUUGGUAUUAGUGUAUGUUUUUUUUUGUUUUACGUAAGUUUUGUAUAGUUACAUGUUACACAGCUCAUUUACAGUUCUUGGAACCGUGGUCGUAACUAGCUAAGAAAAUGCUAUUGUUUCCUUUUUUGUGCGUUGGUUUAGUCUAAGCCGGUAUGUUUCACAUAGCAAACAACAAAUUUAUAGAUUGCAGGUUAGAUAAGGGAAGAAGAGGAAGAAUAUGGAUAAGUAGGAAGGAAAACCAGCAGUCAAAGAGUGGGAAGGUGUGAAAACGUGAAGUAUUUGGUGUAUGCAUGAUGUUAAUUAUAAUCAAAUCUUAUGAAGAUAUAAGUUAUCGAAAGUAAUAAAUGAAUUAUGACCUCA